ACAUAUAUGAUUUAAAUAUCUUAUUAUUUUACCUAGAUCUAAGUUAGCAAUGAUUAAUUGUAUUAUUAGUUUCAAUAUUUUUAUGAAUUCUUCCCAUGGCAAGAAUCCUAAGCUCUAUGUUUCUUAUUUUCGUUUACCAAGUCUUAAUUUCAACUUCAAAUGCAGAGAAUGAGCAGCCAAACAAACCGGUUUCCCUCUUCAUCUUUGGUGAUUCAUUUUUUGACGUUGGAAACAAUAAUUAUAUCAACACAACUACUCAGAAACAAGCAAAUUUCUGGCCUUACGGACAAACAUACUUCAACUUCCCCACCGGGCGUUUUUCCGAUGGUCGUUUGAUAUCCGACUUUAUUACCGAGUAUGCAAAUCUUCCGCUGAUUCCACCUUUUCUACAACCUGGAUUCGAAAGUCGAGAAUUCUUCGGGGUGAAUUUCGCAUCGUCUGGGGCAGGAGCGUUGGUGGAAACUUAUCUAGGCUAUGUGAUUGACCUUCACACUCAAUUGAGGUACUAUAAAAAAGUGGAGACAUGGUUGAUAACUAAGUUGGGUUAUAACGAAGCUAAGAAGAUGAUAUCUGAAGCUAUUUACUUAUUUAGCAUUGGAAGCAAUGAUUACACAGUUCCUAUUGUGGAUAAUUGCACUGAAGUUUUUAAGCCCUACUCCAAAUUUGUUGACAUGGUCAUUGGCAACAUUACUACAGUCAUUAAUGAAUUUUAUGAGAUAGGAGGUCGAAGAUUCGCAUUCGUGAAUCUUCCAUCAUUAGGUUGUCUUCCUGCUAUGCGAAUGCAAACACGAGAUGAUAAAUGCUUGGAAGAAGCAUCGUUGCUCACAUCAUUACAUAACAAAUUUCUCUCUACGCUCCUUCUAAAAUUAGAAAUGCAAAUGAAGGGAUUCCAAUAUUCGUUGUUUGAUUUCGAAAGCGAACUUCAACAAAGAAUAGACUAUCCUUCCAAACAUGGAUUCAAGGAAGGGAAAAUGGCAUGCUGUGGAAGAGGAAAGUAUAGAGGAUUUUAUAGUUGUGGAGGAAAAAGACCAAAAGAAGGGUAUGAGUUUGAGUUAUGUGAAAACUCAAAUGAUUUUGUGUUUUGGGAUUCUUAUCAUCUCACUGAAAGGGCUUACAAGCAAUUGGCAGAUGAAAUGUGGAAUGGGCUUCAGAAUUUCUUUCACCAAUCUAAAGCAAUAUUUCAAAUUUGAAGCUUCCAUAAAGUAAGAUAUUUUGGUGUAUGAAUAAAAUUGUGUAUUGUUGAUAAUUUUUUUUUCAUUUUUCUUUCGAUGAUUGGUAAAGGAGAACGCAUGUGGAAGAAAUUGAACCUACGAC